UGAAAUUUUGUUGAACAUUUUUCAACACAAACAUACGGCAGGAAAUGUUUUUUUUUGUGUGUGUGGAAGAUCUUCAUGUGGACUAGUGUAGAAGAAAGACAUACUAAUAGCUAUAUCUCUGACAGUUCAUUUCUGUCAUUUUCCAAUCCAUACGUGCAUCAGUUAAAAUAUCAACGAAUGGCUACGCUUUAAUAAUACAUCAGAUGGCUUUUCACUUACCAAGACACAGAGGAAUAUAACAUAUCGAUUGAUAAAUACAAUUCAAAAUCAAGGUAUAAGAAUAGUAACUGUACUCUCUAAUGGCUCUCUCGUCAUAUUUGAUCGAGCAGAUCGGCUGUAACUGGCGAUAAUGUGAGAGGCAUAGAAUUACAUCGCGCGUACAGAAUUGGGUAUCUAAUAUUGGAUCGUGUGAGCUUGGUGUUUGUUUUCUGAUGAAUUAUAGAGAGUUAUAUACGGAGGAUUGAAGUAUUUUCUUGGAAAUUGAUAAUUUUUAUAUCCGUAUGUUCCUUUACAACAAGAAAUAAAUAUGGAUAGAAUCGUCUUCAAACUUGAAUAGUGACAAUGUGACUGUAAAUAAAAUAAGAUAUAUAAAAGGCGAUUAUUUUGCUGACCAGAGAUUCGUAUGGUUAUGAACUUUACAUUUUUCGGGAGAAAUGCCUCAGCCAAUCAGGUAGAAUGCUCGACGCCGACUUGGGGAUAUGACAUUUCUGCCGUGCAAGUACUUGGGUACUGCUUAACCAUCAUCCCGUUAGUAAAUAUAUCCGUGAAUGUGAUUACAAUGGCUUACAUAAUUCGUGCACCAAAAUUAAAAGCCAAUACACGGGUGUUUUUAUGUUCUUUGACGGUUUCUAACACACUGGUUGGAGUUUUUGUACUUCCGGUCAGGAUAUUUGGGAUGAUAACUGCGACAGUUGGCAUUUCUCUUGAAAUUAGUUAUAUACUUUGUGUCGUCGGAAACAGUUUUGACGUCAUGCUCCGAACUAGUUCUGCCUUACACCUUUCAGUGUUAGCUUAUGACAGAUACCUUUCCACAUGCCGACCUUUCAGUCGUGGUUACAGGUUAAACCGGAAGUUCAAUACUAUACUAUUUAUCGGAUGUUGGACUGUUCCAGCUAUUUUAUCUUUUGGCGUUAUUCCUCCAAGAUUUCAACUUAAAGGAAUCGUAAAGGAGUACAACUGCUUACUGAAUCGGACAAAAAUGUGUCAAUAUAUAACAAAUAUGCCCUAUGCUUUCAUAACCACGUUCGCGUGUUUCAUUGUGCCUGCAGCGUUCAUUCUGAUGUGCAAUAACCGUACGAUAUCUUCGGUGAAAAAGCGAGAGAAAGUGUUCAUAAAACUUCUACAUAUCAACACAAAAAGACGCAGUUUCAACAGACGACAUUUUGGAACAAAAUUAUCACGAACAAUACUUUCGAUGUCAUGUAUUUUUCUUUGUUGUUGGUUGCCAUUCUUUGUCAUCAACUUUACCGAUCCUUUAACAUCAUACCGGGUACCAGUGUACAUAUGGUUGCUUGUCUCAUGGGUAGGAUAUGCAAAUUCUGUCAUAACUUCUGUUAUAUAUCUGAAAUCUACAAAAGUUUUGUUCUUCAGCUGUAAUGACUGAAACUAACAGAUGGUGCUCGUGAGAGGAAAAUCAUACCGCAAUUAUACAAAAAUGUGACUGAAAAUGUCAGGGUCCUUUUAUUUCAUACUGAUAUUUUGUUUGACAUUUACAAAUGUGAAAUGGAAAUUAGAUCUGUAUAAGUAUCAAUAUUGUACAAGAACAUAGUAUUAACAAGGAUGUAACAAGAGAUGUUCAAAGGACAGGCAUAGCCCCACCCCUUAGUGGCCAGUCAGUAAUGGGGUAGAUGAAGAAAUACCGAGUAAUCAACUAGAAAUCAUUUUAAAGUGGGGCAUUAGGACUAUCUAGAUUAAAGAAUAAUUAUCCUAUCAAGUUUGAACAAACGAGACGAAUGGUUCUCAAGCUAAUGUGCAGAAAUAGUUUUCAAUGUUCAGAUCCCUGUGACCUUGACCUUUGAAAUAUUGAUCCCAAAAACAAUAAGGGUCAUUUAAGCCCAAUUUAGCUGUCAAGUUUGAAAAAAACUGGAUCAAGUGGUUCUCAAGUUAUUGAGCGGAAACUAGCUUUCACUGUCAAGGUUCAAGCUCCUGUGACCUUGACAUUUAACUUACUGAAUCUAAUAACAAUAGGUGCCAUCUACUUCUUAUGCCUAGUCACACUAUAGGUUUGAAUUAUCUAUAGGUCAAGUUAUUCUCAAGUUAAAAUUUUGUAGAAAUAGUUUUCAUUCAUAUCCCUGUGACCCUGACAUUUGACCCAAAAAAUAAUUACAGUUAUUGAGUGGAUCCGUUUUCAAGGUACAGGCUCCUUUGACCUUGACAUUUGAUUUUAAAAAUCUAAAAGCAAUAAAUAUCAUCUGCUUUAUAUGCCCAGCCAUGCUAUCAAGUUUAAAUGUUCUUCGUCAAGUAAUUCUCAAGUUAAAUUGCAGAAAUAGUUUUAAAUGUUCUGAUUCGUAGGACCUUGACCUUUGACGUAUUGACCCCAGACAAUAGGGGUCGCCUACUUUUUAAUCCCAUUCAUGCAAUCAAGUUUGAAAGUUGGUCAAGUAGUUCUCAAGUUAUUGAGAGGAAACUGUUUUCUAGGUCAAGGCCCAAUGACCUUGACCUAUGACCUACUGACCCAAAACAAAAGCCCAAUCAUGCUACCAAGAUUGAAUGCUCGGUCAAGUGCUUCUCAAGUUAUCGCGCAGAAAUAUUUUUCAUUUUGAGGUCCAUGUGUCCUUAACCUUUGACAUAUUUACCCCCAAAACAAUAGGGGUUAUCUACUAAUCCAAUCAUGCUAUCGAGUUUAAUGGUACUGUGUCCAGUGGUUUUCAAGUUAUUUAGCGGAAAUAGUUUUCAAGGUUCAGGCCCCUUUUCUCUUGACUUUUUACUUGCUGAUCUCAAAACCACUAUGGGUCAUCUACGUUACAAACCCAAUCAUGCUAUCAAUAUUGAAGGUUCUGGGUCACGUCAGUCUGUCUCAAAUUAUUAAAUGGAAACCGUUUUUUAAGGUUCAAAUUCCUAUGACCUUGACCUUUGACCCCGAAACAAUAGAGGUCAUCUACUUUAUAAGCCCAAUCAUACUACCAAAAUUUUUAAUGUUCUGGGUCAAAUGAUUUUCAAGUUAUUCAGCGGAAACCGUUCGCUCUACCAAUAUGCAUCCCGCUUCUUCGAAGUGGGGGAGGGGGGCGGGUAAAAAAGUAAUUCCAGUAGUAAGAUACUGUUAAGUGGUUCAUACUUACGACGUUUUUGUGUCAUUUAACGUCACACAAUCCGUGCGACUUACGAAAUAAAACCGUUGUAAGUACUGACAUUAUGAUUCAGAUCGCUAAUGUGAGUUACUUGCCCCUUAUUGCCGUCGAUUUGGCUUAGGACGUAAAGAAAGAUAUUCAGCUGAAUUUUGGAUGUCAGUGGUGCAGUCCCGUCUUCUCUAAUGUCCUGAAUGUACCUUGUCUUUCUCCAUAAUUUAAGCUAGAAUGUUCUUAAUAUGUUUCGAUGUGACUUAACACAGAAAUGCUUUAAAUUCACUCAUUGAUGUUCUACCAUAACAUCUACUGACUAUGAAGAAAAAUUUGAUAAGAUCAAUAAGAUCUAUUUUAAUAAAAUUUAGUAAAUAUUAUAUAUUAAGUAUUAAUAUUAAAAUUUAGUUCUAAAGUUCAAAUUUUAAAUCAUUGGAGAAUGAAAAUUAAGUAGGUGAUUUAGCACGAGAGUAAUAUUUUUAUAUCUGCGAUGACAGUGUGGCCACCCCACGUGAACUGUCGGUACCAUACAUAUGGGAAAAAUUCCUCGACUCGGGUGACAUAUUUAAGAAUUAAGUAUAAACCACAUUGGACUUCUUGCAAAUCCAUGAAUCGCGCCAAUUUUGUUUCUCUUAUAUUGUUUGUAAUAGUGUUUGUAUAUAUGAUAUAUGAAUGAUAUUUAAAUAAUAACGGUUAUUCCAGCCGGUCUCUACGGCUCGGUAUUA